AUUUACAUAUUUUUGGAAAAGAGAGCAAAAAUUGCAUGCAUGCACAAUAACACACACACCAUAUAUACAUGAAACUCACACUCAAAACAUGAACAUUUCAUAUAUUUACACCUUGGUAAAUGGUAAUCUCAAAUUAUUAUUCUACAUAAGGACAUAACAUGGCUUCUCUUCACAGCUCUCUGCUUCAACAUCCUUUUGCCCUUUCCUCUCUGACUCUGCUACUUUUUCUCAUUUCCCUUCCACCAUCCAUCCUUUCACAAGACCCCAGCUCCUCAAGCCCUACCAUUGCUCAAUGCACCACACGGCUUCUUCCACUGGCCUCGUGUGCAUCGUUUGUGCAAGGCACUUCCCAAUCUCCGGCACAAUCAUGUUGUGACAACCUCAAGCUGCUCUAUAGCCAGCAGCCAGACUGCCUUUGCCUUUUGCUCAAUAGCACUACUUUGAGCUCCUUCCCUAUCAACACCACACGUGCUCUUCAGCUGCCUGCUCUUUGCAGCCUUCAAGUUGACAUCUCUGCUUGUUCAGGGGUACAUGUGCCUCCUAGCACACCUAGUUCUCAAGUUUCCUUUGGGACAAACACCAACUCAACUGCUGUUAACUCUACCAUUGCUGGCGUGAAUUUUUGGGUUUAUUAUGAUUCUCUAUUUCUUUGGGUUUCAGCCUCUCCAAUGCCUCUAAAUGCACCAAGACCCAGCAUGAUGGGGUUAGGAUUUGGCAGAACUUCAAGUGCUGGCACCAAAUUGAAGAUGGGCAGUUACCUCACGGUGGCGGCGCUGGCUAUGGGAGGUUUUCUAGUGUCUGGAGUUCUAUUUUCAGUAUGAUCAUACGAGCAUACGGGAGUUCUAUUUUCUGUGGAUGGGUUUUUUAUGGUGUGUUUAAAGUUUUUAUUUUAUUUUUAAUUAGAACCAGCUCAAGAUUAUAUUUCA